CUUUGACUCUCGAGCAGGACAAGUAAGCCUCAACAUCGCGUCAACGUUCUCGGUCGUCCUCGCUUCCGAUACCACGUUCUGUAGUGGAGCUCUCUUUUUAGGCAACUAUGCUCGGUAGUACGGGAUCCACACGCGAGCUUGCAAUGUGGGUGCAUGCUCGUACCGCUGUGCUUGCAUGACCAUCUGCAUCGAGAAACCUUCCCUGGCUGACAGCUCGAAGAAAUGAAAUGUCUACUAUCACCGCCUGGAUGAUACUAUACGGACAUCCUGACAGCUUUGUGCCACCUCUCUGCUUCUUUCGGCCUCGCGUAGCACUGCGCUCGGAGGCCGGCGAAGCGGCGCUAUGUACAAUGUACACGCGUAAUGUGAGCGGCCAAGGAGUCAUUGUCGCCCUUUGUCGUCUCCGUUGCAGACGAUUCGGCGUCACACACAUUGCUAUUCAGCUUUUCACCAGCACCACCUGUCGCACACCAGGUUCUCUCUUCCCGAGAUACAACGUCAAGCGUGUCAUAGUCGCAAUUUGCAGCAUGAGCAUACAACUUCGAGCAGUUUCUCUGGCUGACAGCUCGAGGGAGUCGGUCACUUUGUGGACUAGUACUGCCUGGAUGUUCGGCACGUCAGAUGGCUGUCGUUGUCUGCAAAUUAUUCUGGCAUCGCAGAUGUGGGAGGAAUGCGGUAUUUUGGCGCCCGGACGGUAUACAUUUCCCAUCCGCAUCUUGCGAACCUGCAUGCAUGCGUCCCCCGCAGACUGUGGCACUGCUCUAAGGGAUCGCAUACAGUAGUAUAGCCUCAGCGGCAAUGACCGCAGGCAACGUCAUGACCAUACUCGUGGUGUGCGGCUGCCGGCGAUAUGGUCACCUUGAUGAAGCACAGGCCCAAUUACGCUACUCCAGUCAUCCCGUUUGCCGUUCCUUUAUCCCUUGGCAGUGCGCAGAGGUGCGAUGUUUG